CUGAAAGAGGACAUAAUUUCAACAUGGCGGCCUCCAUGAGCACGAUUUAGUAUUACAUACUUUGUGCACAAAACAAAACUGUUCAAAACACACUUUAGUUGUAAAGUGUCUAUCUAUCCAGAGAACCAUGGCGUUAGCAGCAUUUUCAAGCGGCUGUCAACUGUUAAGAAGUUUAUGCAAGACGGUACCUGUCACUUACAUGGGAUGUCAACAACAGAGGAAUGCUGUUAAGUUGCGACGACGCUAUCCACCGCCAAUACCGAGUCUCAGAGGCAAACCCCACCGUGUCAAAACUAGUCACUACGUCUACGUCUUGGAAGCUGAUUCAAUGCAUGACCCAAAGCCAAAGCUACAGGUUAUCCUGACGGAAGAUGUUCCAAGGAUAGGUUCAAGAGGAGACAUCGUCGCUGUAGACAGGAGCAUGGCUCGCAACCGGCUCUUGGGCAAGAAUGUAGCCGUCUACGCCUCACCGGAAAACAUCAAAGAGUUUGCAUUGGAGAAACAGGAAAGGGAAAUGGAAGGCAGUCAAUUGUUGACGCCAACUGCUCUGAAGACGAUAGAAUAUCUGAAGAAAAGCCGAUUAACCUUAAGGAUUCGCUCCGUUCCCAUAUGGGACGUGCUUCCUAAAGAGGCUGUCAUCCAUGCAUUCGACAAACAUUUGGGUGUAGUUGUUGCCGACCAUGCUUUGGAAUUACCAGAAGAGCCCAUAACGGACUACGGUACAUACACUGUCAAGGUCACAGUCAACAAACUUGAAACUGUGCCCAUAGAGAUGGAUGUCAAACGUUACAUCAACAAAGGACAAAUGAAACGACUAGCUGCCAAAGCCGCAAAAGCCCCGCGGGAAAGUGCGGUCUUGGAUUGAACUGCGAUACCCCCAUCCCCACUCCGCUCACUGAAAACAGUUCCUCUCAAAAAAUUUAUAUGAAAUUAUUUGCUGGUUGUAAAAAGAUUAGGCUUUGCUGAUUAGAGCUGGACCCAAAGUCUCAGUUCAUGCUGUCACUGUAAAUUGACAGGGUCCCUAUUCAGUGGCGAAGACAAUGUAUGUAGCCAACUAUUGUACAGAGCAACUGCCGCACAAAGGAUUAUCUGAAUAAUAACUGGCUAAAUGUUUGCCAUUGAAUGGGGCGAGUGUGAGCAUACGGUGAUAGAUUGUUUGGACUGCUCUAUACUUGGUGACUCAGUCAGUCGCCUAAUCAGUCAGUCAGUGUUUCAAGUCAUUCAGGACAAUAGCCUGGUCCUUCAAAAACGUGUUAUCAAGGAACACGGUAUUCGCCAUUCAAGUUUGUGAAGUAAUUCAAGGCAUUUGCAGUCACAUGUUCAUAUUCGUAAACCGCAGUUUUGUUACAUCGUGCCAGUAAGUCAAAAAGAUAUAUGGUUGUAACUUACGUUGGGAGAAAGAAAUUAAAUCACUGAUAACUGAAGGUUUCGAUGUCAUUCCGGACCUAAGACUGACCGUUUGACGUUGCAGUUUCAUUUGCGAAAAGCUAGCAUGCCGGAGGGUUCCACACACGCAAUGCGAUAUUACCCUCAGUGUGUCAUGUGACAUGUAUUUUUAUUGUCCAGACACAUGACCAUCCUAGACCAAUGAAAUUACAGUAUCCAAGCAGAUGAUACAACAAAUAUAUUUAUUACAUACAAUCCCUUGUGUGAUAGGAGCAAUAUACACGUUCCAUACCUUCUAUAAAUGUACACUCAUAAAUGUGACUCAUAAAUCUGCAGUGCUUUUUCGCAGUUCAAAACAAUUUUGUAAAAGUUGUAAAAAAAAAAAUCUGAAGGCCAACCUCAUAUUUGAAAACCUUCUUGUUUUGGUAAAAUAUAUACUCAUUUUUGUGCACAAUGUGCAGUCCUAAUUUGUUCUACAUCUACCCCCAACCCCACCCCGCCCAAUUAACUCAUGUUUCAAUUUCUGUCUGAGAAACACUGAAAAUCAAAAGAAAAAUCAUAAAACCACUUAACAGAAGAAAGUGACAAGAAAAGAUUACACAAAGUACUCAAGGAUAUGUUUUGACUUUCCACAAUUAUAUAUGUGUCUUAGUACAAUCAUCUCAAUACUUUCAAUGAACAAACGCAAUUAUGUCUAAAUUGAAGAAGAAAAUACUAUAUUUUGAGGCACUAUAGAUCUCUCUCACAGGACGCCAUCUUCGUAGGAAAAUUACAACUGCGUAUUCAACGCCAUCAGGUGUGUGUGCGCGCAGUGUGCAAAAUGUUCUUAACACGCGCACAUGUUGCUUGAAAUUUUUCUGAAAUACGACACAAUUAUUGAUACCAAAUAAACAUCAUAGCCUUAUCUAUUUCCAACCUUUACUGUGGAAUAAAAAAUCUUUACAUAAGAGCAAUUUCAAAAGUCAUAUUUUCCAAAUGAAGUGUACAUAUAGCUAAAAAUAGAAAACAAUCUCAGAAAACAAUUAUUUUAAUAGCAUGCGAAAUAAAUACAAUUCUCGAUUUCAGGUUAAACAUGAGCAAUCAUAAUAUUUAGCGUUGACAUUUCUGAACUAAAAUCCUACAUUAGCAAAUGAAGAGUUUAAAGGUUAGAGCAAUAAAA